UCCCAAACAGAAUGUUGGUGUCAACUGGAUCACUGUUUCUCUUUGUUAGUCUCUCUCGGCCAUUUUUUUGGAAGAAGCGAAACACAUUGUGCUUAUUUUCUUCUGCUGUGCUUGUGUAGAACAUCUAAAAGAUAUAAGAGUUCAGACAUUCCCUCUGCACUUCUACCAUUUAAUUUCACAGUUCCUUGUAUUCCAACAAAAAUGCAUUUAAACUGUCUUGUCACAGGUUUGGGGAUUGCGUCCUAAGAGUUGGAGUGAGAGAGAGAGACACUAAAUGGAUUAUGGUGCCUCAGCUGAAGAAAGUAUCUAUCAUCCCAUUGCCGGUGACCACAAAGGAAGCACAAUGUUCCUCUAACCAUUUCCAACUGAAGCGAUUGCCCGUUCGUCAGCUUUCCAAAGGGACAACUUGGAUGUGAUCUUUAACUUCUUAAUAAGGCUUCAAGAAUUCAAGAGUUCAGUGCCACAUAUCAAUAUUUGGAUAACCAUGAAUAUACAACGCAAGGCUUUUUGGUGUCUCCGUGAAGACUCCCAGACUCUUCAGUUCAUAAAAAUGGAUUUGGAUUUGUCGAACAAAAUGUGACGCUGAUAGAAUCAUCUUGGGACUUUUUGACGGACAACUCCAAAUUUCGCACACGGCUAAACCUUUCUGGGUGAUAUUGCCUUGAGGAGUUCUAGGGAAUUGUAACAUCUACUGAAAGCUGAACUUUUAUUCAACCAUGAGGGAUGACUGGCAGCAACGGCAAUGACCCAAUUCCUGCCCUGUAACCUUUACUGACCCUUGUUUCCUCAACCGGACAAGGGCAAUGAACAACUUUAGGAAGGACUCUCUCAGGAUUCAUGAUUGGGUAGGAUGGACUGUAUAGCAUAAAUUCUAGAUCCUUCUACAGUUCUCCUGGCACCCCAUAGCCAUUUAGAAAAUUGCGCCGGGGUGCAGGAGGUUUUAAAUGGUGUUAAUAGUCGAGGAACACGGUGAUGGUUCACAGGUUAGAGAGAAUGGAGCCGCUGGAGGAGUCGGGUUUGACAAGAACGAGAUUAAGACCAAUAACACAGCAACAAAUACACCUUCAUUGUCCAUUGUUGAAGUUGACAAAGAUGGCAAUGAGAGUAAGGUAUCGGACGAGGACGAUCAAUGCGCGACCGAAGUCGAUUACACACGCAACUACUGGGAGGAUGAGGACGACGUCUACCAAGAGUUUGAGGAGUUGGAUUUUGAGGCCCUGUCCGAUAACUCCGACACCAGGAGCGUCGCCUCCGACGACUCCUUCUACCCCCCAGACAAUUUGGUCGUCUCCGACUUGUACCGUUCGCCAAGUCCCGAGUUCAUCUCCUUUUUCAAGGCCUGUUGCAACAACAAUUCCAUCAUUGUCAAGAUCAUGAUCAGACAAGGAGUGACCGAAGAUGAAGUGAGGGAAUCAGACAGGAACAGACGAUCUGGUCUGAUUGUGGCGUGUUACCAUGGCUACGUGGAUGUGGUCAUGGCCCUCUCUCAGUGCCCAUAUCUGGACGUCAACUGGCAGGAUAAUGAGGGGAACACUGCGCUCAUUAUGGCAGCACAAGCAGGUCAUGUGUUCAUCUCUUACUUUUUGCUGAACUACUUCCCCGGGCUGGACAUCGAGAGGAGGAACUGUCACGGCUUCUCAGCUUUGAUGAAGGCUGCCAUGCAGGGCCGAGCCGAGUGCGUCAGGGCUCUGUUGUUAGCCGGGGCCGAUAUUCAGGCGCGGGACCUUGGCCGCAGUCUGACCCCCAGGGAGUGGGCUCUCUUCACUGGUCGCUACGAAACAGCCAACUUAAUGAACCGGCUGAUGUUGAGACCAUGUGCCGAGCAGUUCUGCGACGCCUUCUCCUUGGAGUGGCCCAUGUUAGAGGAGCUGGUGGACCAGGCCCAAGAACCAAAGUCCUGCUGGAGGCGUGUGGCCACCUCUCUGUCCUGCUGCCCUUACACAUUCUACAUCAACAACAAGGUGAACCCGGUGGACGACGGCGUCUUCGACCACAUGGUCCAGGUCACCACCUGCAUCUCCAGCCCGUUCAUCGCCACCGCUUGCAGGACCGUGUGUCCGGGCAGCCCACCGUGCAUCGGGAAGCGCCGCUACGCCGUGCAGGAGAUCCUGAGGAGGCAGCGUCUGGCUGAGCUGAAGCACCUGGGCCCCGACCGACUCAACCACUACAAGAUGUUCUUCCAGAACUCGCGGGUCCUCCUGAUCCCCAAGGUUCGGGAUCGCAGGGCCAGCCUGCAGCCUCAGCUGCUCAGCGACUUUGCGGUGGCGUCGACGAUGGCGUUCAGAAGGGCCAGUCUCCUGCCGCUGAGCAUGCUGAGGAGGAGCAGCGUGCGGCCCGGCAUGGUGGUGCCAAAAGUGAGGCUCUGCAAAGCCCCGGUGCCGGUCUUUGUGCCAGAGAAACUGAGGCGGAGCAGGAACAGCAACCACCUCCAGAUACCCAAGUGGGAUUACAAGAUGAAGAGGGUCGCGAGGAGGCAGGAGGAGGAGAGGCAGAGACUGUUGCCUUUGACGAGGAGGAGGUGAGGAUAAAGUCGCGGCUUCAAAGAGUCCGACUGUGGAGACGACGUGCUGCUGGUUCUCGUGAUGCAGCGUCAAAGGGAAAGUGCAGAACUAUUGAUUCUCAGAGAUUCCUUGCCUUGUUUCUACUUGAGUUGACAUUAUUUGUAAAGCAGAGUUUGUGAUGCAUUGUGGGAAACACGGAUAUUGGGGGAAAUAAUAAUCCACAUUUGGUGUAGAAUUGUUUGUUUUUUUCAGAGCUAAAACUGAAGAGAAAAAUGUUUGGGUAAAUUAAAUUUAUUUUUGGACUGACAUAGCCUCAGAGUGUUUGUAACUGGACUGCAAAGUAAUUAAAAGGGAAUUUUGAGCCAAUGACAUCACAGUAUAAGCUGAAUUUUCAUAUACAAGGGCCAAAUAACUGGUUAAACUGCCUGAUAGAAUAUAAUUACUAUUUUUUUAACAUAUAAAUAAAGACUACAGUGUCUUAAGAAAA